AUGUCACAGCAUCGUCAAGGUAUCCCGCGAUCCAUCUCACCAACAAGAAUGGUUACAAGGGCUACGAAAAAGAAUGUGAAUACUGAGAGAGAAGCCAAUGAACAGGGAGAUAUGUCACAAUUUGGCGAAGGAGUGGGACAGACCUACGAGCCUGCGCCUUCCAUCUCGACGGCAGGGGAGGCUGCGAUAGGAAGGGCUGUUGAACAUUCACUAGAUGUAUUACAGAGUCCCUCCGCUGUGCUGAGCAGCAUAUUUCAAGAUGCUGUUGGUGGGGCCUUGACUCUAGCCGAUGACUUCCUUGGUGCCGACAUAAAUGAGCAUCUCUUGGACCUUGACUCAGAAUUUGAGCGAACAUAUUUCUCUUUCUCUUCCGCAACUAUGCACGAUUUGAAGCGUAUGGGAGUAAAAAGGCCAUGGGAAGAAGUCAUGGAUUUGGAUAAGAACGCGACGCAAACACUUCUGAUCCAAGCCUUUGACUCGCCCUCAGAGGUGGAGCAAGUGCAAAGCGCGAUAGCUAUUUCUGGGCUAAAUUUCAUGAAAGAUCUGAAAAAUGUCUAUGCAUCGUUCGCGAAACAGGAAAUAGAAGCAAAGGUUCCCGUCUGGGUUCUUAGCGAGGGUAGACUAUCUUACUUUGGAGGUCGAUGCGACAACCUGCUUCAGAUCGUCAAGGGCGACACAACUACAGAAGCACUGUCUCGGAAACUGCGCGCAGAGGUAUACGGAGAACUUGUGGAGCCCAUCAACAAGAAAACUCUACCUCUUGAUCUUCUAAUUGAGGCAAAACGUCUGGGAGUAAAGCUUGAAGAUCACAUUCCACAAGUCGUCACGCAGGCUAUUGCAUGGUACACACUAUUGGAUGCGCAUUUCCCAGAAUGGUUUUACCGACUCACAUUUCUACUUCAACCUUCCAACCAAUGUCCUCCACUCAGUCUAUGCAUAAAUGAACGAUUGAACCGCAUCUUCACGACUAUGAAAUGGAUCCUUACUGACGGGAAUCGAUGGAUAUUCGGGACAACUUCAAAGGCAGAGAAGGGAAAAAAAUACACCUACAAAUACGCCAUUGCGGGGGUGUUUAGUCUUGAGGAACAGGACGAAAACAAUCGAGAGGAGAGAUAUAAAGAACUCAUAAAACUACUGGCAAUUUGGGCAAUUGGGAAACCUAACAGGCUGCGUGAUGCAAUGGCAAGAGCUGUGCAGAAGAAGUAA